GAACAAAUAUCAGGAUGUCAUUUUUUCCUUCCUUAGUAGCAGGUCUACGAGGAGAAAGGUCCUGCAGAAAACGCGAAGGAGACAAAAAGUGAGGCAGGAGUGAGAAAAUAUCGAUCAUGAUGAUGGCAACAAACGAAGGGAUGAAGGAGCUGGUUAUGGUGAUCAACCGGCUCCAAGACGCCUUCUCCUCUACCUCGACAAGUCUCAAUCUUCAGCUCCCCAUGAUCGCCGUCGUCGGCGGACAGAGUGCUGGCAAGUCUUCCGUCCUCGAGGCGGUUGCUGGCAGGGAUUUCUUGCCUAGGGGCACUGGCAUCGUCACCAGACGUCCUCUCAUCCUUCAAAUGAUACCCAACGACGAAGAGUACGCAGAGUUCCUGCAUUUGCCAAAUACACAGUUCACAAAUUUCGAGGAAGUAAGGAAAGAGAUUGUUGCGGCAACAGACAAGGAAGCAGCAGACAAGGCCAUCUCCUCCAAACCCAUCAACCUCAGGCUCUAUUCCCCUCACGUUCUUCAGCUCACUCUGGUCGAUUUGCCCGGUAUGACGAAGGUCCCAGUCGGGAAUCAACCCGACAACAUUGAACAACUCAGGAACCUGCUCCGGAUCGAGCUUGAUCGAGUCGUUUCGUUCCGCCAGAUCCGCGACAUGGUCUUCGAGUACAUCGAGCCCGAAAACACCCUGAUCCUGGCCGUGACCCCUGCGACGGAGGACCUGGCCAAUUCCGACGCACUCAAACUCGCACGCCAAGUUGAUCCGAAUGGUGAGAGAACGAUCGGAGUGCUGACGAAGCUGGACCUCAUGGAUCGAGGCACAGAUGCACGGGCCGUUUUGGAGAACAAAGUCUUCCCUUUGAAGCGAGGAUACAUCGGAAUUGUUAACAGAUCGCAGGCAGACAUCGCGAGCGGGAUGGAUAUAAAUGCCGCCAGGAAUGCAGAAGAAGAAUUCUUCAAGCGACAACAACCUUACAAGGAUCUUUAUGGUUCAAGAAAGCCCCAUCAUCCGGCUCGUCCUCCAUCGGUGACCAUCUUUGCUCAGAACAUGUUCACUUCUAGUAUUGACCAAUUUUGA